AUGAGAAGGAGGUGUGAGGAGUGGAGCUGGGGAGAGAAGGUGCACCCGGCACAUCGGUGGAUGGGACACAUGCCAAAUGGCCUCUCUCUGAUGUCAGAGGUAGGUGGCGACCUCUACCUGCUCGUCACAGGCUCGGCCCAGCUGGCGUCGCAGAGCAAGCGAUUCGUCGACGCGCAACGAGCGAUGGAGCUGCGACACGCGAUCGUGCGAGACAUCGUCGACGUUGCCGUCGGCAACGCGGCGGCAGCAGCCGCGGAGGCUGGGGAGGCGGACGCGGUAACCAUGGCGACGGAGCACGGGGCGUUAGACGGGCAAUAUGUGAAGACGGUGCAGAAAUGCUACAACUUUGCCUUCGAGUACCACCGCGAGCUCGUCAAGCUCGUCACGGGCCCCGUGCAGCAGCGGCGCGCCCUGGCGAGAGCGAUCAUCGACGUCGCGCGCGGCUGGCAGGCGUUUGUCAUCGCGCACUGCGAGACCGGACACGGCACGCGGCCGUCGUGGGCCUUCCAG